AUGCUGGUGGGGGUUGGAGAAAAUGAUGACUACGGGACGCGAAGGUCCCUAGAGGCCAGAGAGACAGAGCGAUUUUUGCUGGCUAACUUGGAGAUGCAGGACCAAGAGACCGGGUGUUUCAGCUCCCAUGCCGCAUUCCUGAAAUGGAGUGGUACCAGGGUGGCAUAUGGGACUGACAUUGUCACCUUUAGGGACUAUCUACCCAUCCUACUGGGUGAUGAGAUGCAGAAGUGGAUACCCCCAUACCAAGGCUACAGUGAAACUGUAGACCCCCGAAUUUCCAAUGUCUUCACCUUUGCUUUCCGCUUUGGCCACUUGGAGGUCCCCUCUACUGUGUCUCGCCUGGAUGAGAACUAUCAGCCCUGGGGUUCAGAACCUGAGCUCCCCCUACACAAGCUCUUCUUCAACACCUGGAGGCUGGUCAAAGAUAGUGGAAUUGACCCUCUGGUUCGAGGCCUGCUGGCCAAGAAGGCCAAGUUGGUGCAUCAGGAUAAAAUGAUGACUGGGGAACUCCACAACAUGCUGUUCCAGCUGAAUCACACCAUCCAUGGCUUCGACCUGGCUGCCAUCAACAUACAGCGCAGCCGGGACCACGGACAGCCUGGGUACAACUCCUGGAGAGCUUUCUGUGGUCUGUCACAGCCAAAGACGCUAGAAGAGCUGAGUGCUGUGCUGAGAAAUGAGAUGCUGGCCAAGAAGCUGCUGGAUCUCUAUGGAACCCCCGACAACAUUGAUAUCUGGUUAGGGGCCAUUGCUGAACCGCUGGUCCACAGGGGUCGAGUAGGGCCUCUCCUGACCUGCCUCCUGGGACGGCAGUUUCAGCGGAUCCGAGAUGGAGACAGGCAAGUGAAAUCAUUAUCUGAGGCAGGAGAAGCCCUACCCUUGGGCAGGGGUCCUGAGUGCUCUUCAUGAGAUCUGACUCCAUAGGUCAUCACAGGAGGAGUUUUUCAUGUUCCCAAGGACAUCCUUUGGCAGUGUAUGGAGCAGCUAGCCACUGGACUGUGCGACACAACCCCGCUCUGUCCUUGUAGGUUCUGGCGGGAGAAUUCUGGGGUCUUCACAGAGAAGCAACAGGAUUCUCUACAGAAAGUGUCCUUCUCGAGACUUGUCCGUGACAACACCGCCAUCAACAAGGUCCCACUGAACCCAUUCCAGGCCAACAGCUACCCCCAUGACUUUGUGGACUGCUCUUCUAUUGAUAAGCUGGACCUCUCCCCCUGGGCCUCAGUGAAGAAGUAGAAACCUCCUGCCCAUGGCUUCCUGCACUGUGCAUGCCCAUGGUCCAAGAUGUCAUUUCAAGCACGUUCAAUGACCUAGUCCUUUCAAGUUGGACACCCAAGUCCCACAUCUUCAUUUCUUGCAUCCUCCAGAUGGUGGCCAAAGGCGGCCUCAGCCUUUCCAGCUCUUCCCCUUGGGUCCCACCACCUCCAUGACACCUUCUCAGCCUGUGGAAAUCAUCCUCUAACAAGAUGCCC